AUGGCUUACCAUCACCACCCGAAAGAUUCUCCUCUCAUCAUUGUCGGCGCCGGGGUCUUUGGCCUCGGCCUAGCCUAUGAGCUAGCUGCAGUGCGAGGAUACAACCAGGUCACCGUUGUCGACCGAUUCGCUCCCCCGGUGCCUGACGGCAGCAGCGUCGAUGUUUCUCGCGUCAUCCGUGCUGAGUACGCAGACCCCAUCUACGCUCAGCUCUCUGCGGACGCCCUCAAGGAAUGGCGUGGAGAUACCCCAUGGUCAAAGCAUUACAACGAGACGGGCUUCGUCAUGCUGGGUACUGGCGAGAAUGGCUACGUACAGAAGUGUCGUGCCAUGCGGGAGGCUCAGGGAACUGGUCCAGGGAGAGAGAUUUUUGAAGCCCAUGAGACCGACCAGAAGCUCAAGGAACUCUACCCUGAUCUUCAGGCUGACCUGGCGGGUCUGAUGUCUCUCCGAAACACUACGGGUGGUUGGGCGGAUGCCGCAAAUGCCAUCCGCGAUCUCGCCGAGAGCGCUAGCCGGGCUGGCGUGUCUUUCAUCACGGGGUCCAGGGGCACCGUCAUCUCGCUAGAGUACUCAGGUCGCCGCGUUGUCGGCGUUAAGACCGCCAGCGGAGACUCGUUCAAGGCCAGCACUGUAGUUCUGGCUACUGGCUCCUGGACUAAUCGUUUGGUUCCCGACAUGGGCCACAACCUCUCGGCCGUGGGUCAGCCGAUUGCUUUUGUCCAACUCACUCCCGAAGAGGCCAAAAGGCUCCAGCGCAUGCCAGUCAUGCAGAUUUUCGACACUGGACUUUUCACUUUCCCCCCCACCCCUGAUACGCACCGCUUGAAGAUUGCCCGGCACGGGUAUGGUUAUGCGUCCAGCUUUCAGUCCGUUGAUGGACGGUCAGUGUCUUCGCCCAAGCUGAUUGGGAACAACGCUGCAGCUGGAUUUCUUCCGCAUGAUGCUGAGGAAACACUGGGGGCAGGACUGAGGAAGUUUUUCCCGGAGUUUGGCGACCGCCCUUGGGAGAGCCUUCGCAUGUGCUGGUACCAGGACACCCCAGAUGGAGACUUUGUGGUCGACCAUCACCCGGACACGGAGGGAUUAUUCUUUGCCACAGGGGGCUCAGGCCAUGCAUUCAAAUUCCUGCCCGUUCUGGGACGCAACGUCGCUGACGUCUUCGAGGGCAAGGUUUCCGAGGAGCUUCGGGAGAAAUGGAGGAUCCAACCAUUGUCGAGGCGAGACCCGAACCAGCCUAUGGGUCAAGACGGAAGUAGGGGAGGGCCUGUGCUACGUAGACUGUCUGCCAAGGAGCAGUCCAAGCUAUGA